CUUAGGCAGGACAGUCAACGCACGUCAAGAGGUUCACAAGCUAUCACCUACUCCAUAGAUCCGAAGACUCUUAUACCACACGAUGCACUGUUACAAGCUGGGAUUGGAAAUGCUAGUAAUCGUACUCGUUGCGUUUCAUCCAGGGAAUGGUAAUCCGAGGCACUUGAAAGCUGAAAAGGGCUAUUUGAAAUCAAAGUUUGCAGCAGCUCAUAAGAGAAACCUUCUACAGUUUGGUUUCAUGGUUUCCUGUGCUACGGGAAGGUCGUCUUUUGAAUAUAAUAACUAUGGUAAUUUUUGUGGAUAUGGUGGAGGUGGAACUCCUGUUGAUGACAUAGACAGGUGCUGUCAAGAACAUGACAACUGCUAUGGUAGAAAUGAAGACUGUGCAUAUUAUAGUUUAUCGUAUGACUCGGGAUACAUCAAACAAUAUAGGACGGCCACUCAAAAGUGUGUCCUGAAAUGCGAUGACACUGAAAAGUGCAAGUUCAAUAUAUGUGAGUGUGACAGAAUAGCUGCGGAAUGCUUCGCUAAGUACCGUUACAAUCCAAAACAUAAGACAUAUUGGUAUCAAUAUCUUUGGGGCAGACGAUGACGGUAAUGCCUAGAGGACAAACCUGUGGUGCAGCUAGACUACAAUAUAUAAAUUUGAAAUUAAAAUGUAAUAGACUGAUGCCAUAAGUCAUAGUAUUCGCUCCUCGAUUUUUCGAGAAAAUGGUACCGACUUAAGGAAUCAGUCUAAAAAUGUAAUGGAUUAAUAUAAAGUUGAAAGAAUAAAGGGUAACAUGUAA